CUCCGGCUCAACUGUCUUUCCUGUCCAAUGUCCCACAGAGUCGGCUGAGCCACGUGCAUGUGUUAGCCGUUUCGUUAGUCGUUUCCAAACGUCCAGUUCAUUGUGUUUCACUGAAACACACGACAACACCAUGGUGAAGUUAGCAAAGGCGGCAAACAAGCCAGCAGUUCAGAAGAAAAAGGCCCCCCCACCCCCUAAAGAAGUGGAGGAAUCCAGUGAAGAGGACAGCAGUGAUGAGGAAGAAGAGACCCCUCCACCUAAAGUGGUAAAGAAAGCCACGCCAGCUAAAGCUACCCCAGUCGUUAAAAAUGGCACAGCUGCCAAAAAGGCAGAAAGUGAAGAUGACGAUGACGACGACGAUGAUUCAGAGGAGGAGUCUGAAGAGGAGGCCCCCCCACCAAAGAAGACCCCUGCUAAACCCAAGGCAGCCCCUGCAAAGGCUGAGGAAUCUGAUGAUGAUGAUGAUGAUGAUGAUGAUGAGUCAGAAGAAGAGGCCCCACCACCCAAAAAAGCAGCCAAGCCUGCUGCUAAAGCUGCUGCCAAGCCCCCAGUGAAGGCCCAGCUUGCAAAGGAGUCCUCUGAUGAAGACGAUGACGACGACGAUGAAGAUUCAGAAGAAGAGGCACCACCUCCCAAGAAGGCUACUCCAGCCAAACCUGCAGCCAAACAAGCUGUGAAAACCGAACCUGUUAAAGAGGAGGAAUCUGAUGAUGAUGACGACGAUGAUGAAGAUGACUCUGAAGAGGAGAUGGAUACCACUCCAGCUCCACCAGCCACCAAGGCAAAGAAGGCAGGCAUGGUCAAGGCCAAGGAGGAGUCAGAGGAUGAUGAAGAUGAUGAUGACGACGACGACGACGAAGAUGAUGAUGAUGAGGAAGAAGAGGCAGAAGCUCCACUGACCCCUGCAAAGAGGAAGGCAGAGAGCAAGAAGGGAACACCUCCUGCCAAAAAGGCAAAGUCAGAGGGUGAAGGGUUCUGUCUGUUUGUUGGAAACUUGAACUCCAAUAAAGACUUUGAAGAAAUCAAAUCAUCCUUGAGGAAAUUCUUCUCCAAGAACAGCCUUGAGGUGGCUGAUGUCCGAUUAGGAGCAUCCAAGAAAUUUGGUUAUGUGGAUUUUGCCUCUGAGGAGGACAUGCAGAAGGCACUGGAGCUCAACGGCAAAAAAAUCAUGGGUCAGGAGUUGAAGUUGGACAAGGCCCGCAGCAAAGACAGCUCACAGGAGGGCAAGAAAGAGAGGGAUGCACGGACACUGUUUGUAAAAAACCUUCCCUUCUCUGCGACGGCUGAUGACCUGAGGGAAGUCUUUGAAGCUGCGGUUGAUGUAAGGUUACCUCCAGGCCAGAAUGGUUCAAACAGAGGCAUUGCCUACAUAGAGUUUCAAACUGAGGCUGAAGCAGAGAAGAUGCUGGAGGAAGCCCAGGGAGCUGAUGUACAGGGGAGGUCCAUCAUGGUUGAUUAUGUUGGAGAAAAGAGUCAGAAAGGGGCAAAGGUGGCAGUGGCAGGAGCAGCCAGUAAAACACUGGUGGUGAAUAAUCUUGCCUUCAGUGCCACAGAGGAAGUCUUACAAUCUACAUUUGAGAAGGCUGUGUCUAUAAGGAUUCCACAGAAAGAUGGCAGAGCCAAAGGUUUUGCUUUUGUGGAGUUUGAGAGCACAGAUGAUGCUAAGGAAGCUUUGGAAAACCUCAACAACACAGACAUCGAAGGCCGGUUGAUCCGACUGGAAUACAGCCAGAACAGCGGUGGCAGAGAUGGAGGAAGAGGAAACACAGGUCCAACAAAAACCCUGUUCGUCAAGGGUCUCUCUGAGGACACAACAGAUCAAACUCUGAAAGAUGCGUUUGAGGGUGCUGUGGCAGCCAGGAUAGUCACAGACAGAGACACAGGCUCAUCAAAAGGCUUUGGCUUUGUGGACUUCGACAACGAGGACGACUGCAAGGCAGCUAAGGAGGCAAUGGAGGACGGUGAGAUCGAUGGUAGCAAGGUGACCCUGGACUAUGCCAAGCCCAAGGGUGAAGGCGGCUUCCGUGGAGGCCGAGGUGGUGGUGGUGGAUUUGGUGGCCGCGGCGGGGGCAGAGGAGGUCGCGGCGGUUUUGGUGGAUUUGGCGGUCGCGGUGGUGGUAGAGGAGGAAGGGGAGGCCCUCGUGGAGGUGGACGCGGAGGCGGCUUCCGUGGAGGCUUUGGAGGUGGAAGAGGCGGCGGUGGAUUUGGAGCCAAACCCCAGGGGAAGAAAAUCAAGUUUGAGGACUAAAUCCUUAGUCUAUUUUACUUUUCGAAUGGACUCUGGUUUCAUCAAUUUUCAGAGCUUUUGGACAUUCCAGAAAGCGUCAUUGAUAUAUAUUUAACUGUUAAUGGGCAUUUUAGCCCUCUAUUUAGAUCCUUCAACCUCCCACCCUUGUGUGCCAGACUGGUACUUUUUUUUUUUCCUCAGCUCAAGUACUACAUGUGAGUACUGAAUGUCCCAAAUGCAAACCUGCACCUCUUGCCCUCAUUAGCUUACUUGCUUUUCUGAAGGAGUAAAAUUGAAUGGGUCUGGCAAACAAGUUUGCUGUGAAAAAUAUGCGCGUCUUUGUCAGAUACAUUGUGUAAAUUUAAGCAGUUUGUAUGAUUUAAUUUUACCUUUUGUAAAAAAAAAAAAUACACUUGUAUCCAUGUGUUUUGUUUUUAUUUUGUUUGUCAUUUAGUUUGCUUUAGGUGCCAUGUUUUACUGUAAUGUGCAAAGCAGAUUUUGAUAGAUUUGACAGCUGGGUGUUAAGAAUAUGGCAAAGAUGUUCAUGUCGUGUUCAGUGGGGCACAGUCCGUUUGAGUCAGAGGAUAAAUGACGUUAUCUAUGUAACAUAAAAUAUUUGUAGUGCAUUGAUUAAUUUUUUCCCAUGCCUCUCAAGAAUCUCAAGAUUUUCAUGUGAUUGAAUAAAACCUCGUAGGUGGUGAUUUUUAAA